AGAGGAGGACAUUAGCCCCAGAACCAGCUCCUACCACCACCUCCAACCCCACCUUGCCCUCCACCAGCUCCACCAUGUCCUGCUGCGGCUCCUUCUCCUCCCUCAGCUGCGGGGGCGGCUGCCUGCAGCCCUGCUGCAUCCGGGACCCCUGCUGCUGCCGCCCAGUGUCCUGCCAGACCACCGUGUGCCGGCCCGUGACCUGCGUGCCCCGCUGCACGCGCCCCAUCUGCCAUCCCUGCCCCAGGCCCGUGUGCUGCGACCCGUGUGGCCUGCAAGAGGGCUGCUGCCGCCCCAUCACCUGCUGCCCAUCGUCCUGCACGGCCGUGGUGUGCAGGCCCUGCUGCUGGGCAUCCACCUGCUGCCAGCCGGUGACUGUGCAGGCGCCCUGCUGCCGGCCCCCGUGCUGCCGGCCUGCGCCCUGCCGCGUGACCUGCAGGGGCCCCAGCCUCGACCCCUGCUGCUGCUGAGCGCCCGUGGUCACUACACGCUGGGGUUGGAGGGAGAAUCGCACACAUUUCUCCCACACCUGUUGGGUCAGAAGGGAGACACAACCUGUCCUUCAACACCCGCUGCCCAGCAAAUGUCCCACACAGCCCGCCAGCUACUUCUGGCCCCAUGGGACAUUCUAGAAGAAUCCCAUCUCCCACCACUGGAAUUCCUGCCUCACACACAAGCAAAGAUCACAGCUCCAACCGAAUGCACCUCUGUCUCACUGAGCCAUCAUUGUAUUUCUACAACUCCAAGGUUCUCCCAAUAGAUUCUUUCCUAGGGUAUUAUUUUUAGGCAUGGUAAAAAAAAUAAAAUUUUAUUUCUGGGAAA